UUGUCUGAAGGGAGUUGCCGUACAUUGUCGUUCGACAGCUGCAGCUGGGCCUGCGCACGCUAAGCUGCAACACGUCUUCAGUUGAAAAAAUAAUAGAUAAGUACCUCUAACCAAACUUAAUUCUUGAAUAACAGCUAAACGCACCUUUGCCUCAACGCAGGACGCCCAUCAUUACUUUAUUGGACAAUAACAUCAUGAUCUCAACCUUCUGGCCCUAGCUUAGCUUACUUAGCCUAGCUUGCUAGCCGUGGUGUCUAAGCAGAGCGCAAGUGUGAACGUAAAGUGUGGUAAAUUUACCUACAAAUGUACUCAAGAAGAACAGAAGAGUACGAGAAGCAACUUUAUGGGCCAGAAGAGGAGAGUGACGCUGUUUUCAAGAAGUCUCGAGUUGGCUCACGCGGAGCAGUCAUCAGCGAAGAUGUAUUUCGUGAGCGGCUGGAUGCAGACCCCUAUCAGUUUAAAGAGGAGAAAAAAGAUGUCUCCUACUUUAAAAAGGAAGAGGAGCAGCAGGCCCCUUCCAUGAAAAAAGAGGAGGAGCAAGAGCACCCUUGCACUAAAACGGAGGUGGAUGAGCACUCCAACAUAAAAGAGGAGGAGGAGGAGGAGAAGGGUAUCUGCAAGUUGCCAUUGACUUGUGUCCAUUUAAAGAGCAUAGAUGAAGAUAAAAGUGGGGCGAGGCCUCCAAGCAGCAGCUCCUAUCAACGCAUGACAACACAAGGUGUUGGAAACCACCAAGACGAAUCAAAAGCAGAUGGCCUCUUAGCUCCACUAUCAGAUAGUGACAUGUCGUCAAAUGAUGAUGAUGAGGAUGAAAAUGAUGAGUCUGAAGGUGAUCUGACGUGUCACACUGACAACAAACCCUGGAAAUGUUCUCGGUGUGAGAAAACGUUUUCUUACAAGAGUGCUUUGAAAUCGCACAUGAGAACUCACACUGGUGAGAAACCAUUCGCCUGUUCAGACUGUGGCCAGAAAUUCACUCGUAAGGAAACCUUAAUAAGACACAAAAGAACCCACACUGGUGAGAAACCUUUUGCCUGCUCAUUUUGUGGCCAAAAAUUCUCUGAGAAGGGAACCUUAAAAAUACACACAAGAACCCACACCGGCGAGAAACCUUUUGCUUGUUCAGUUUGUAGCCAAAGAUUCUCUCUGAAGCAUCACUUAAAAUUACACUUAAGAACCCACACUGGUGAGAAACCUUUUGCCUGUUCAGAUUGUGGCCAGAGAUUCUCUCAGAAGCAUCACUUAAAAAUACACUCAACAACCCACGUUGGUGAUAAACCUUGCACCUGCUUGGUUUGUGGUCAAAGAUUCCCCCGCAAGUAUGAGAUGAAGAAUCACAAGUGUGUUGAUGGGAUGAACAGUUAUCAAUGACGUUUACACCUCUCAUUUGAGCAGGCUUCAUCACUUUAUGCUCCAAGGCUGAUUGUCUUCUAUUUACUUUUCUUCUCCUUUCCUGCAUUGACAUUUUUUUUGUUGUUGCUGCAAUGAAUUCAAAAACCUAGCAUUGUCAUCGGGUUUAUAAUCAAUUUGGAUUCUUCAUUGUAGUUACUUUUUCUUUGGUGUGGGUUUGUUUUGUUUUAAAUGUAGUUUGUUUUCAUUAGUUUUCAGAGGUUUGGUCAUUUGUAUUAUUAUUACUUAUUUAUUUUAUUUUUUUCCCCAAAUUGAACCGUCCUUGAAUCAUAUCACACCCUCUGUAUCGAGAUCCAGGUCUCACCGUCUUUUUUUGCAGAGCUAAGUCGACGUAAAGUUAUAUGGUCGCAUUUUCACUAUUGUGCUAAAUUGCAUAUCCGUGAUUGUCAACAAACUCUCAGAAUAAGUUGCUGGUACAAGUACUAAUAUCUGUGUUUAAAAUAAUUGGCAGAGCAGCAAGUCGACACACUCGCAAUGUCAUGCCUGAUAUUCGCGUCCAGUAUGAAUGCCCACAUUUCAUCGCAAAUUAAUGGACAUUUUCCAUUUUGUCGUGAAAUGUAUGAUGUAGCCAUUUGUGUUGCUGUUUGACCUUGUGUAUUGUUUGCUGGCCAAUAAAGUUCUCUUUGCUCAAAUAGUUUUCUUUCAGCUGAGUCUUCUUCAAUACCCGUUACAAUUGCGAGUCAGAUUUCGGUGUAAAUAAAUACACAGGUUACGUGUCCUCCAUAUCAACAAAGAAAGUUUAAAUGACAAUGUGGGAAAUGAAGAAAAUGCGUGUAGGGUAGCAAUCAAUAAAACCUCCGCUUGAUGCUCCAAUCAA